GUUAUAUCUCAAGAAAAAAAAAAAGAGAGAAAAAAAAAUCAAUUGAAAUGGCUUUCUCUGCAGCAUUUUCACAGACCUCCUUCAUAUAUUCUUCACCUUUCUCACAAACAAGAAAAAGUAGAAUUAAUUAUACCCCUUUUAUUAUUAAAGCAGAAAAUAAUUCAUCUGAACCAAAAGAAAAUAAUGAGAAACAAAAAUCCCAACAAGCAGCAGCAACAGCAACUUCCUCUAGUACAACAGCCACUGCAACAAAGCCUAAAAAACCUGUCUAUUCUAUGAAGAAAGGUCAAAUAGUCAGGGUGGAUAAGGAGAAGUAUCUCAAUAGCAUCAAUUAUUUGUCUGUUGAUCAUCCACCUUAUUACAAAGGCCUGGACUACAUAUAUGAAGACCGUGGUGAGGUAUUGGAUAUUCGCAUAUUUGAGACAGGAGAAUAUGCACUUAUUGGAUGGAUUGGAAUACCAACUGCACCAGCUUGGCUUCCAACAGAUAUGCUAAUCAAGUCUGAUAAGCUGGAUUACGAGAGAAUAUAGUAGCAAGUCUACAGUUUCAGACCAGUACAUGCCAGACAAUAGUACAUCAAAGUGGAGCAUCAGAUUGACAACUGAUCAUUGAAGAUGAAGAGAGAUGAGAUGGAGACACCUCCAGAUUUAUUUUUACUGAUUGCUAGAUAUAUUAUUAUUUAUCCUUGAAGAUCACUCAAUUAUCUUCUCGGUUGAUACUAAUAAUCGUCAAAUUAACUAUUACGAGCUUAA